AUGUCUUCGGAGGCGGAUACAGAACCAGCUGCUGAAACAUCUGCAAAUACCCCCCAGGAAAGAACACCUGCCUCUGCAGAUGCUCGAGAGGAGCAACGCCCCAUCAAGCAGUCCUUGAGUGCUUGCAUGUGCAGAGAAUCCCACUGGAAAUGCCUCCUCCUCUCCAUCCUUAUGUACGGCUGCCUGGGUGCUGUGGCCUGGUGUCAGCUUGCCCGAGUCACCAAGCUCAGCUUUGAUAGUUCCUUCAAAGGCAAGUCCAUGAUCUACCAUGACAGCCCAUGCUCUGAUGGCUAUGUCUAUAUCCCAUUAGCCUUCCUAACCAUGCUGUAUGCGGUCUACCUGGUGGAGUGCUGGCACUGCCAUGUCAAAAGCGAGCUCCAGUACAAGGCCGAUGUGGACAGUGUUUAUGAAUGCAUCAAUCGCAUGCAACAAGCCACGCCAUGUAUCUGGUGGAAAGCCAUCAGCUACCACUUUGUGCGACGCACCCGGCAGGUGACCCGGUACCGUAAUGGAGACGCUUAUACUACCACGCAAGUCUACCAUGAGCGGGUCAACACCCACGUAGCUGAAGCCGAGUUUGACUACUCUCAUUGUGGAUACAAGGACAUCUCCAAGGAACUGCUAGGCCUGGAAUGCUACACAGCCACCAAGCUGAAGUUCACCAAGUGCUUCAGCUUUGCCAGUCUAGAGUCUGAGAACUCCUACUUGACCCAGAGAGCUCACUUUUUCACAGAGAUUGAGGGACUGGAUGACUACAUGGAGGUCAGGGAAGGUAUGCAGCUCAAAAAUGUAGAUUUCAAAGAGCUCAUGAUGGCCUAUGGGGAUCCAGACCAUCUCCCAUGGUACGUGUCCCACUAUACUUUCUGGGUGGCAGCUAUCUUGAUGAUCUCAUGGCCACUGAGAGUGCUUAUAGAAUAUCGGACUGCAUAUGUGCAUUACCAUGUAGAGAAGCUCCUUGGCCUUGAGUACACAGCACCAAGCACAGCAGAGGAGCCCUUAUACAGGUAUCGCGUGCCCAGAGACAAUACUCAGGACAGUACUGAACUGGAGUGGCAUAUCUGUACCAACCGGCAGCUGAUCCCCAGCUACUCAGAGGCCAUGCUAAUGGAUCUGACAGAGACCCCUGUGUACAACAGCUACUCUGUAUGCCGGUACACUGAAAUUGCUCAUGGCUGUGAGCGGUGCCAUCAUACCUCCAGCACCUCCUCCAUCUUCUCUCGCCAUGCUUUCCACAGUUGUAGCGGGAACUCCCGGCUCUCCCUCAACACCAGCCGCUUCUCCUUGUGCCGCAUCCAUGGCUCCCACAGGACAGGCCUCUGGAGGAGUCGCAGCAGCAGUAUAGCAGACCGGGGCUGCCAUGAUGAACAAUGUUGCUCUUACUCCAGCCAGCUGGCCAUCAAUGAAAACCCACCAACCUACCACGAUGCCCGUUUCUUCCCCGUGCUAAUUGUGCACAGGCCUGAAGGGCAUGACAGAAGACACUUCUACAUUCGACGCUCAUCCUGCCUGGAGACCUCUCUGUGA